AGCAUCAUUGAGAAGCCAGUAGCCACAUGUCUACCACGCCGACCACAUCGUUCCUCUCCCAAUUUCGACAUUGAAGUUCAAAUGGCGCGCACUGUUGAAGAUGCCACACGAUUCACGCAGACCAAUCCCUAUGCAGCAAAACCUGGCAGAACGUCUACCAUAAGUAUUUCGGAUGCACCCCCAGGCGAAACUCCACAGCAAAAGCUGAGACGCCUUCGGGAGGCUGCGAGAAUAGCAAAGCUAGGAGAGGUUAGCCAAUGGGAUCGAAUAGUGCAAAGAGGACGCGUAUGGGCAGAUCGCUCCCAUCGUGUUUUCAGUUUUACUUUGAUCGGAUUUACAGGCUUGAUAUUCGUAUACUGCGCCGCAUCGACGAUCGACAUGCUGGCGUACAACCGGAGAAAGCGAAACGCCUUUUAUGAGCAGCAAAAGAUCGAAAUGAUCGAAUAUAUCAGACUAGCUCGCGACGCAGAGUCGAAUGGCACAGCAACACCCUUGCAAUUAGAGCUCUUGGGGCUUGAGCGAGAGAAGGAACAGAAGCGGCAGGACAAGGAGAAAAACGCAAUCAGUAACAAGAUAAAAUCUGCACUGUUUGGAUCUUUGUCAACAGAGGAGUCUGUUGGUGGUAAGCUGGGCGAGGCUCUAAUGAGGACAUCGGCUCCAGAUACUUCGCUCGGUGGGACUACACAGGAGACGGGCGAGGGACUCGGAAUAGUAAAAGCGCUCGAAGAAAACACAAGACGCGCGAGUCAAACACGGAGCACAAAGACUGGAGGGCAGUUAGAUCAAUUAGGGGAAAACGUCGCGAAUGCUGCUUCAGAUACAACAAAAAGCUGGGUGAACUGGCUAACACGACGAUGAAGGCGAUUCUAAUUUGUAUAUUAUGGUUUCGAAGAUUUGUACAUUGUCCAUGCGGAGCGGCGUUUCUCCCAAAGCUAGACCUUUCCAAUUCAAAUACAUAAUUGACGAAAGUGUCACCAAUCGCUCCGGAAC